AUGUUUCUCUCCCCGACCGUCUUGGGGUGGAGGACUCGCGGCUUCCGCUGGGAUCUGUGUCAGAGAGGCCGACGACGCUGGGUCCACAUCAACUAUCCACCUCGCAAUCGGUCGACCGUGCAGAUGCUCGACGAGAGCCAUGAAAAGCUCGUAUUCGUCUGCAACGGAUACAUCGACCGCCUCGACCCCCGUCUGCUGCCGGAGCGACUCAGAAAGAGGCUGGAGAGAAAUCGGAAGGCGGCGCUGACGCGUUUCGAUGGAAAGCUCCCUUGGGGGCAGGCCGUAGAGAGCGCUAUCAAACGGAUACACACACCUUGUCUGGCGUUCGCUCAGGCCCACUCUCACCAUCUCCUGGAGGCCUUUUCGAUGGCGGAGGUCUUGGAGAUUGAAAAACUCAUCCCUGAGAUUCGCGAGGCCUUCAAAGCCUCCAAGGCGAAGCUUGCGGAGCAGGAGGCGCAAGACAAGUUCACUCGCCAUGUCUCUGUCGACCUCGUGGACCUCAAAGAAGACCCAGUGUCCUUCCCCUUCACCUUGAAACAGCGCUGA